CUGGUCUGGAGGAUCGUGUCCCAGGUGGAGUUCUACCUUUCUGAUGAGAACCUGGCCAAGGACGCUUUCCUGCUGAAACACGUCCAGAAGAACAAGAUGGGCUUUGUCAGAAUCAAACUGCUGACGUCCUUCAAGAAGGCAGGUGGCUCCCGGUGCCGGCCAGUGGGGCUGCGAAGUGGUCUUCAGUCUCUUCCACAGGUGAAAUUCCUGACGCGUGACUGGAAGCUCACGCUCUACACCCUGCGGUUCUCAGAGCUGCUGGAAGCGAACGAGGAGGGCACCAAAGUGUGGCGGCGUGUCCCCAUCCCUGAGUCCCGGCUCAGCAUCCCCCCCAGCAAACUGCUGCUGGCCUGGGAGCUGCUGCCCUGCGAGCAGGACGCGCUGUCGCUGCUGCAGAAGAACUUCCUGGAGACCAUCACGAGGAUGUUCAGCCCCUUUGGCGCCAUCGCCUCCAUCCACAUCCUGCUCCCGGGCCGCAAGCUGCCCUCGGAUGCGUGCAAAUACGCGUUGCGCUUCCCCGAGCUGCUGAGCCGGUGCUGCUCGCUGGUGGAGUACGAGAGCCUGGGGAGCGCCCACAGAGCCCUGGUGGAGCUCGGCCACCUGGGCGGCCAGAGCAUCAGGGUGGUCCCGCUCAGCAGGAAGGGCUCCAAGAAGAAACCGGAGGUGGUGGAGGAGCUGGUGGAUCAUCCGGGUUUGAAAGCGCAGGCAACAGCCGCGACGUUCCCCUACGACCUCGGGGGCUCCCUGCUCGGCAGCGCUCGGGAGCUGAACGGUGCCUCGGCGUUGCCAUCGCUCCUCCUGAACAAGGAGCCCUCGGAACCCAGCUGGUCCAGCAGCGAUUUCAGUCCCAGCGACUGGAGCGACACCUUCACCGGAUCACUCCUCUCCAGCGACCACUUCCUUCCCUUUGACGCCAACGUGGGCACCGGCAGCUGCUCCAGCCCCGAGAGCCCCCGCGGUGCCUGAGGCAGCGGGGCACCCACCUGGGCCCCCUGGGCCGGCAGCUCCUCUCGGGAUCCCAAACCCUGAUCUGGGAUCUCCCCAGCAACAACUGGUGUGUCUGAGCUCCUCGGGCUCUGCGACGGGGUCCUGCGCCUGCCCCACAGCCACAAUGGCACCGGCGGCUUCUCCAGCAGCAUCGGGAGGGGAGAGCUCGUCCUGCAGCGCUGAGGCUUCUCUACAUUUGGGUUUGGGGAUUCUUUUUUUCUCCUGUUCUCUGUGCCCCCCCAGAGCUGUGGUGGGUGCUGCAGCUGCUCCAGGGAACCGAGUUUUGGGCCAGGAUGAAGCUCGGGGUGCUGAGCGGCAGCGGGGGCUGCACCGUCACCAGCGUCGGGGAUGGGGGCUCAAUGCACCUGCUGCCGCCCGGACCCGUGGAGCUGGGGUCGCCGGGUGCUCCAUGGCCCCCAGGUUGUGGAGCUGGGGUGGGAAAUGAGCAAUAAAGGGAGAUGAGAUUUCCAGGCAAUUUCUGGCCAGUGUAGUGAUUGU